AAAGAUAGUUAUAUUGUCGAUAUGCCACAAGCACGUUCUACAUUUCCAUGGAAACAAAUAAAUGAUGCACUCUUCAGUACACCAAUUUAUGAAUUGUCUUUUACAAAGAACCGAGACGUGGUGGUUUUCCCGAAAAAACGUAGAAUACGGGCACCACCUAGUCUUCGAAGUCUAGCUUUCAGUAAUUGUGGUUUCCGUCAGAUAUUGCUGAAUCUUACAUACGUGACAACACUAAAAAUCGAUUGGAACCAACUCGGAAAUUAUCUAGCGAACAACACUUAUAUGAUGACGAAAACAAGUAGACUAGAGUUCAUCUCUCUCUCAAACAAUUCAAUUUAUAAUCUCUAUUCUCAAAUAUUCAAUGACCAACCGCACUUGAAAGUCAUUGACUUAAGUCAUAACUUCCUCAAACAUGUCGACUUUGGCUUAUUAAAGAUGGUUAAUUUAGAGAUGUUAAAUCUUACAAAUAACUCAAUAAAGUUUUUUAGUGAUAAUUCAAUGAAAAAUAUAGAUAGCAUUAUUAAAUAUAAUACCAAAAUAAAAAUUAACCUCAGUGGAAAUAUUCUACGCUGUGUCUGUUCGUUACUUCCUUAUUUGAAAUGGAUGAUUAAUAUUCGUGAACAUUUUGUACAUUUUAACCAAUACAAGUGCGUUCUAGAAAACGGGAGCCUGUCAAUAUCAAAUUCGUUUGAGGAUAUUAUACUUCAUCUUCAAACAGACUGCGUUAAUCACUUUCAUUUGGUAGUUGGCGUGUCUUUUUCUUUAAUUGGAUUUAUCACAAUUUUAAUAUCAGCUCUCAUUUAUAGACACAGGUGGAAACUCCGCUUCUUAUUUUAUACAGCAAAAUUGAGAUAUUCCUCCCACAAUAACAUGGACGAUCGUGGACAAUACGUCUACGAUGCUUUUAUAUCUUACUCCGACGAAAUUCGAACGUUUGUUACAAAAGACUGUAUCGAUAAUCUUGAACGAGAUGGACAUUUUAAACUAUGUAUACAUCAUCGAGACUUUCUUCCGGGAGCAGCCAUAAAUGACAAUAUCACCCAAGCCAUCCAACGCAGCCGAAAAACAAUCUGCAUCAUAACUAGAUCUUUCAUCGAAUCGUAUUACUGCAUGUUUGAACUGAAUAUGGCGAGGAUGGAAAGUAUUCACAGAAAAAAAGACAAAAGUCUAAUUUUUCUUGUGUUUUAUGAUCAACUGCAACCUGAGGAGUUACCAUUAGUAUUAUAUGAAAUUAUUCAGAAAAAAUCAUAUAUUGAAUACCCAAAUGAUGUGCACGGAAAUUUUAUUUUCUGGGAGAAAAUCAAAGACGCUAUCAAUGUAUAG